AUGCAGCUGAAAAUUAACGACAGCUCGCCGACAGCAGCGAGAACAACAUCUCCUUCUCGGAGGACCAGUUGGGAUGGCAACGACUCCCUGCUUACCUCCUCGACGGCAUCGCUUGAACCGCCGCCGCAGGAUAAGCGGAGGUCGGGUCCUGGACUCCUGAUUUUUCCCGGCACCGCGCAAAGGCAUCAGCAUCAGCAUAAUCCCAAUGGCAGCAAAACAAUUGCGAAAGCUAAUGACGAGGACGUGGCCAUUAAUCAGCUGGGACGCUGUGGCAGGACGACGACCAGGAGUAUACGCUCCUUUCGCCGUCCGCCGCUGUGGCAGGCACCGCCAAAGGACCAAGAGGAGCCAGAGCCAGAGCCAAAGCCAGAGGAGGCCCUAGAUCGACGUAAUCGGCGGGAGAGGCGGCGAGUCGUGUGUCUGGCCAAAGUGCAGGCCUUCAUAAUCGAGUUCCUGCAGGGAUCCUCCAUACACGGCUUCAUCUAUUUGGCCAAACUGGGCUUGAAUUUCGUCGAACGGAUGCUCUGGUUUGCCUUUAUUUGCGUGGCUCUGUUCAGCAUUAUCUCGCUGAGCAAGAGGACCUGGCAUCGCUUUCAGACCUCGCCCAUGGUUAUAUCCAUGGAUCGGAACAAGUUGGUGUGGAAUACCAGCUUUCCCUCCUUGACAGUGUGUCCUCACAAGAGGAUUGACGAGUUGAAGGUGGAGGAGUACAUACUUGCCCACCCGGAGCAGUUUGAGUCCGAGGAGGAUCAAGAGGACUUCCGCGAUUUUAUUGUGAAACUUGCCAGCCUCACAUACGACAACUUGGAGACUUUGCCGCUGAACAAAUCGUACGGGAUACCGAGUAACAAGUACUUGGACUUGCUCUACGAAUUGAAAUGGCCCUUCGAGCCGGAAAUCAGCAGCGGCGCCGCCGUCAAAAUGUUCAUCUACGAGACACAAACGGAGUUUGGCAUUUGCCAUUCAGUCAACUCGCUGGUGGCUCGCUACAAUUCCUUUGACUACUGGCGUUCCGGCGACUGGAGCAUCCUGGAUCAUGGAGAUCGGGUGACGGUCCAUCCCCUGGAUGGUGAGAUCUAUGCUCAGAUUAUAAAUCUCUCUACGGCGUAUGAUGUGUACUUUCAUGGGGCUGGGGAUGUGCCCAGCAUAUCGAAGCAGAGGUAUACCUUUCCGGAGAGUGACUAUACGACAGUGGAGCUGAUAGCCCUGGAGAUUUACACCAACGAGGAGGCCAGAGCCUUCAACACCAAGCAGAGGAGCUGCCGCUUCAACUACGAGGCGGAGGAAAUGAUGACCGUGCCCAUCUACAGCUUUGGACUCUGCCUGUCCGAGUGCAGAAUGUUUUUCGCUCUGCGGGUCUGCGGCUGCAUUCCGCACUUCUACCGGAACCGCUUGCGAAACGGACGGAAAUUGCCGGUCUGCGGACUGGAGGGCAUCGAAUGCCUGGUCAAAAUUAAACGCGAAAUAAUCUCCCUAAAAUCGGACAGAUAUAAAAUCAAUUGCAAUUGCCUGGCCAACUGCGAUGACUCCAACUUCUUUGUGCAAUCCUAUCGUUCGCGUGUCUGGUUUCUGGGCGCUAAUCUUCAAUGGGGCAUAAUUGAUUAUCCCAAAAUGCAGCUCCGCCGGGAUGUCCUCUUCUCCUUUGCCGAUGUUUUGGUUUACAUAGGCGGCCUGGUUGGAUUUUUUCUGGGCUGCAGUGCUCUGAGCUUCACGGAAAUUGUUUACUAUUUUACGGCUCGAUUUGUGAGGCGAAUGUUUUGUCGUUGA